AUGGAGCCUUCAUCGAGUGCCCUUUCGUCCACAGCGAAUUUAGUUAAAACAAUAGUCGGCGCUGGUACAUUAGCCAUUCCGUACAGUUUUAAAAGUGACGGGGUACUAGUAGGCGUUCUCUUGACAUUAUUAGCUGCGGUGACAUCCGGACUGGGUCUCUUCGUGCUUUCCAAAUGUUCCAAGACUUUAAUCAACCCAAGAAACUCUUCUUUCUUUACCUUAUGCAUGCUCACUUAUCCCACUUUAGCCCCCAUAUUUGACCUGGCUAUGAUCGUUCAAUGUUUUGGUGUUGGGUUGAGUUAUUUGGUCCUUAUCGGCGAUCUCUUUCCGGGACUAUUUGGCGGAGAGAGAAACUAUUGGGUAAUUGCAUCUACUGCGAUCAUUAUACCUUUGUGUUUAGUGAAAAAACUAGAUCAAUUGAAAUAUUCAAGUAUACUGGGUCUUUUUGCAUUAGCCUACAUAUCAAUUUUAGUCUUUAGUCAUUUUGUGUUUGAGCUGGCGAAGGGUGAGCUAACCGAAGUAUUAAAAAACGACGUAUCCUGGUGGAAAAUCCACGAUUUCAAGGGUUUAUUAUCAACUUUUAGCAUCAUAAUUUUCGCUUAUACGGGCUCAAUGAACCUAUUCCCCAUGAUAAAUGAACUAAAGGACAACAGCAUGGGAAAUAUUACUUUAGUUAUCAAUAACUCGAUAUCUCUGUCAACAGCACUAUUUCUGAUUGUCGGCUUAUCAGGAUAUCUAACCUUUGGCAACAGUACCCUGGGCAAUUUAAUAUUAAAUUACGAUCCUAACUCAGUUUGGAUAAUAAUUGGUAAAUUUUGCCUAGGAUCAAUGCUAAUCCUGUCGUUCCCUCUUCUAUUUCAGCCCUUACGUGUAGCCGUCAAUAAUGUUAUAAUCUGGAUCGAGAUAACUUUUGGUAACGCCGAUCCGGAAGAGGACCCACAAGUUUCCGAAUACACGCGAGCUUCUGAUUUAAGACCGAUUAGUAUGACCGUCGAAGAUCCCACCCAGUCUAAUAAUGCGCUGGAGGCAGCGUCAUAUGAUGCACAAGACCGUUUACUACCCAACGGAACCUUCGGAAAUGGCUCAAUUGAGAGUCAAGAUAACAGUAAUAAUGAAAGAGGCACCAUGGCAGUCCCCACGGAUAAUGAACAUCAUGCACCCUUUGUUAGGUCUAGAUUUUACUUGAUUACUGCAUUACUUUUGAUAAGUAUGUACACGUUGGCAUUAUCCGUCGAGUCAUUUGCAUUGGUCCUUUCCUUAGUGGGAGCCACAGGUUCAACAUCAAUCUCAUUCACCAUACCUGGCUUAUUAGGGUAUAAGCUAAUUGGUUCUGACUCUUUAGCCGUUGGGAAAAUGAUCCCACCAAGAGAUAGGUUUUAUAAAAGGUGUAGCUUGUUUUUGAUAUUUUACGGGUUAUCCGUGAUGUUUCUAUCCCUGUACAUCACUUUAUUUAAUAAUUCAGAUGAAGCCUAA